UACUUAAAACUUUCUGGUACCCAUGGCUGCCAAUCCCUCUUAUCAUCUGCUGUUUUGAAUGUCACUUUUUGACACGUUGAUGUGGUAUUUUCCUCUUUUUCGUCGCUUAUUUUUUCUUUAAUAUGUGAAAAUGGCAAGUGUUGAUGACGACAACGGAUGGGUGGCUGAUUUAGAAAGCGCUUUACUGGAAGAAUGUUCAGUUGCUGAUAUUUACUGUAUUUGCAAAGGCAAACCUUUACCUGACAAUUUACGAGCUGAAGUCUGGCAGAUAUGUCUCGACGUAAGAGACAAGGGGAACCAACUCGAUCACUUUAACGAAAUCUAUGAUUUGCCUAAUCAAUCUGUGCUACGAGAAGACUGUCGAAAUUUCGUUUCAAAACUCGGCAAUGACGAAGAGGAUAAAUUAUCCGUUGUAUCCGAUUUAGAAUCGAUUUUAACAUUUUAUUGCAAAAGUCGCAACUUGACUUAUAUUAAAAACAACGGCUGGAUUGAGCUUCUGCUCCCUUUGCUAACACUGAAAGUGAAUCGUUCAACCACUUACAACCUGUUUGAGGCAAUUAGAGACACUUACGUGCCUCAAAAUUGUCACACAAAUGACGGCAACGCUUUCCAUAUUUUGCGUCUUUUAUUGCUCUAUCACGAUCCAGAAUUGUGUUCAUUUCUUGACACUAAACGUAUCACACCUGAUAAAUAUUGUCUGACAUGGUUCCAGUCACUUUUCGCAGCCACUUGUAAUUUACAAGUCGUCAUAAACAUGUGGGACUAUUAUUUUCAACAGUCUGACCCGUUUUUCAUUUUUUUCCUCUCGUUAAUCAUGGUAAUAAACGCACGCGAGCAAAUCAUUUCAAUGAAAAGCGAAUCUCGAGAUGUAAUUAUUUCGAAUUUGACGAACAUGCCGUGUGCUCUUGAGGCUGAAGACGUUGGUGAUUUUUGUUCCUUGGCCCAAUAUUAUGCCCUUAAAACACCCGUUAGUUUUCGGACCGAUUUAAUGCAAAACUUGUAUAAUGGCACAAAUGAUGCUGUAGUCUCUCAAGCGUUAUGUCUCCCAGUUUCCGUAAGCGAACUAGUUGAAAAUACGUCCAAUGAGAGUGGAAAUAUAGACGCUGUAAGAUUUUUCCUAGUUGAUUGUCGACCUGUGGAACAGUACAAUGCCGGUCAUUUACCUACAGCUUUUCACUUGGACUGUAACUUAAUGCUUCAAGAACCAAGUGCUUUUAAUACUGCUGUUCAAGGCUUACUUUCGGCGCAAAAACAAGCUCUGGCACAUAAUUCUACAGCAGGUGGUGAACAUUUGUGUUUUUUGGGAUCAGGUCGUAACGAAGAAGAUCAAUACACUCAUAUGGUUGUGGCUUCUUUCCUACAGAAGCACACUCAAUACGUUUCACUUCUAACAGGAGGUUAUUGUGCUCUUCAUCAUUACUUUUCGGAUGAUUUAGAGUUUUUACAAGAUCAUAAUCCCAAACUUUGCAUUGUGUGUGGCCCAAUGCAACAACAACAACAACAACAGCAAGGUCAAGUCAAGGGACAAUCGACCGAUUUGUUUGGGAAAAUUUCAGCAGCAAUGAAAUCGAAAUCGGCCGAAGUUAAAGAAAAACUUAUCGAUUAUAUCGUUAAUCCCAACAAUAGUCCCGUGCAAGAGAGACAUGUUAGCAGUAGCGACAAAAUCGGGAAAAGGUACCGAAAUGUGGCACCUGUUUUUAGUAUAGAUGAUGAUCAUGAAAAUGCUACCACCAAUAACAUGGAAGAUGCAACUAAUGAAGAAUGUCGCGAAUUGGUACAAAUACAAUCAUGGUUGAAACAUCCCGAAGUUAUUGAACAUUUUCCGUGUCAGGAGGUGAAAAUCAAUGGUUUUAUGUACAAAAGUCACUUGAUUGUGACUAACAGUGAGCUUAUAGUACUUAGAGAAAUGCCCGAUAGGAAAGGUGGCAUUGCUGAAGUUAUUGUAAAACGCCCCCUGUCGGCGAUUGUUAAAAUAACAGCGAGGAAACGUCAUCCUGAACUUAUCACUUUCAAGUAUGGCGUGCCAGAUGGUGAGAAUUUAAUUAUAUCUGACAUGGAUCGAUUUCUUAUACCCAAUGCCGAUAAAGCUACAAAAGUUGUAUCUGAACAGAUUUUAAAGCAGUUGAAGAAUAAGGAGUAAUUUGGAAAUUUAAAUAGAGUUACACAUAUUUAUUGUUACUGUAGAUAUUUUAUUAUAGGAAAAAAAACUUUAACCAUUUGUUUAUUCUUAUCUAAAUAAAACAAUGCUUAAACGAA